AGUCCGGGCCUAACUCGCUUAGUGUGCGGCGGUCUAAUACCUCUUAUACUUCCUAUACGAACUCAGCUCACCAACUUUUAUCCCGAAUCCCGUCAAGUCUUAAUCGCCUUUGCCUAUUUCACUCAUUCUUCCUCGGUGUAUUUUUCGCUUUUAUUCUCUAUCAAUAAAUUCUUGAAAUUUCUUAAAAAAUAUUCGUCGAGUAUCAACUAGUGCAAUACGUUCCUUUUUUUUAAGUACAUUAUUUUUAGUUUAUCGUCGUUUAAAGGCAAAGACGGUAUCAAGUCUUUUGUCCAAGAAUUUACCGACAAUCAUCAAUAUUAUAUAAGGUAAUCAGUGUUUGUAGACUAGUACUAUCGUCAACACAAGUUGACUUGUUUUUAGACCGUCCCGUAUAUAUUUAAAAGAUAGUUUUAAUUAAAAAAAAAAUCGUAAGGGUUCACUCGAAGAGUCAAUAUUAUUAGUGUUAAUUUUCAAAAUUAAGACAAUCAGUAUAUAAACUUUUUUGGAAUUUGAAAUAAAGCACAUUUACCUACGAGUUUCAAUUAGUAUAAAAAAACAUAUCUUGACUUACUUUAAAUUAAAAUAUAAUUAAAUAACAAAGGUUGUGUGCAAUAAAUUCAGUAUUAGCUUAAAGUUUUAUAGUAUCUAAAGAUUUAGUAUAAAAAUUAGUGUAAAAGGACAUAUCUGUAAGUAAGUAAAAAGAAUAUAUAUUAUAUAGUCUAUUUUAAUUAAAUAAAAAUUUUAUAACGCUCAUUUCAAUCAAAAAAAAAAAAAAUUAUAAUCAUAGUAGACAAUCGUGCAAUAGGAAAUACCAAAUAAUUUUAACCAAAAGACAAUCUUUUUAAUCGACAAUCUGAUCAGUUAAGAAAUCGAUUCGCUCACAACUGAUUCUAUAUUAAAUUAGAAUAAAUACAUAAUAAAGAAAAAUCAAAAUCGAUUAUCUAUAAUCGCGUCUUGCGAUAUUAGCAACCACGACGUACUUUUUCAACUCUCCCGGACAAUAUCCCUACGUAGUUCCCUUGUGUCCUGUAAUACCUUGUCCCGAGAUACCUCCAGCAUACGCACCUCAGCCUGCCGUACCUUGUCCUUGCGGCCAAUGUGCCCCCCAGCACAUGUACAAUAAUCAUCAAUUGACCGCACCGAGCACGUUAAUUGUCAACCGAUUUACGGAAAUCAACUAUUUUGACAACCCGCCACUGGCUACUUCCCCCGAAAAAUUUGCCUACGAAAUGGUACGUAGUUCUUCCCUUCCUAUUGACGAAACUAUUUUGAGAGGUAGCGACGAAUUACUAUCACAAUCUAACGUAUCAGUCAUGGCUCCAUCUGCACCACAUUCCGAUAACAACAACCAAGAAAAUGCCAAAAAAGUGAAAUUAGAACAAAACGUAGGCAAACCGUCUAGAGUGAUCCACAUCCGGAACAUCCCGAGCGAUGUAUCCGAAGCAGAAAUAAUUCACCUCGGUCUCCCAUUCGGCAGGGUAACCAACGUGUUAGUAUUAAAGGGAAAGAACCAGGCGUUUUUGGAAAUGGGCGACGAACAAUCGGCUACAACUAUGGUUAAUUAUUUCGCCGGUUGUAUAGCUCAGUUGCGUGGUCGAGCAGUGUAUGUUCAAUACUCCAAUCAUAAGGAAUUGAAGACGGAUCAGACACAUUCGAAUGCGAAUGCUUCUGCGCAAGCUGCAUUACAAGCAGCACAGGCAAUUACAAGCAACUCUGGAACUCCUGCAACAAACUCUACACCGGUAACUAACGGACAGGACAUACAGGGUGGACCCAAUACCGUUUUAAGAGUUAUCAUCGAGCAUAUGAUAUACCCCAUCAGCUUAGAUAUUUUACAUUUGAUAUUCCAAAGGUUUGGAAAAGUUUUGAAAAUCGUAACGUUUACAAAGAACAAUUCGUUCCAAGCUCUCAUCCAAUAUCCGGAUACUCAAUCUGCCCAAUCCGCCAAACAAGCUUUAGACGGUCAAAACAUCUACAACAGUUGUUGUACUUUACGUAUCGAUUAUUCGAAAAUGUCGUCCUUGAACGUAAAAUACAACAACGACAAGUCUAGAGACUACACCAAUCCGAAUCUACCGACCGGCGACGGCGGCGAUCAAUUGGCUCUAACCGGAGGUUUAGCCGGCGGUUUGGGCGCCGAUAUUUUGUUAUUGGCUACACAGCCUCGGUUGGCUAGAGAAAGAUUAGCAGAUUCGAUUCUUUCUGGUACACCCGGAGUAUUGAACAGUCCAUUCAUGCACGGUUUGGCUUCUCCUUUGGCAGCGCCGUAUCCCGGAGCUGUUGCUGGCGGAUUACCCGGUCUCGGUAAUUUCGCCUUGGGGCAAACAGCUCCCGGAUUAAGAGGCUUAACAAAUCCGGGUCUUGCUAUGGCUACCGUUUUGCUCGUCAGUAAUCUCAACGAGGAGAUGGUCACGCCUGACGCUCUCUUUACACUAUUUGGGGUAUACGGUGAUGUACAAAGAGUAAAAAUCUUGUACAACAAAAAAGAUUCGGCAUUGGUCCAACUUGCUGAACCCCACCAGGCACAUUUGGCCAUAACUCAUAUGGACAAAUUGAAGGUAUUCGGAAAAAAUAUUAGAGUGAUGUUGAGCAAACACCAGAGCGUACAAAUGCCCAAAGAAGGUCAACCCGAUGCCGGUUUAACCAAAGACUAUAGUCAGAGUCCGUUACACAGGUUCAAGAAACCGGGUUCCAAGAAUUAUCAAAAUAUCUACCCCCCAUCGUCGACGUUACAUUUGAGCAACAUUCCAGCUACCGUUAACGAAGAAGAUAUCAAGGAAGCUUUCACCAAAAACGGAUUCACCAUCAAGGCGUUCAAAUUUUUCCCGAAAGACAAGAAAAUGGCUCUAAUUCAACUGCCCAGUAUGGAAGAAGCCGUCGUGGCGCUAAUUAAGAUGCACAACUACCAGCUAUCCGAUUCGAAUCAUCUGAGAGUCUCAUUUUCAAAAUCUAGUAUAUAAGAGGCGUUUGUUAGAUCCCAAAACAAAACAGUAUUCAUUCCAUUUAACAAAAAAAAAUAAAGAAGAAGAAUCGUUUAACCACGGUUAUUUAAAUGACAUGGUAGCUAAAAAAAAUAAUUUGUAACACACAGCACUUAUUUAUUGAUAUAUUAUUAUUAUAUAGACUGUUAUUAUUUUUUUUUGGCAGGUUUCGGCUUUGUUAUCGGGGGCCAUUUUGUGUAAUAGGAUAAUUUGGCCCGUUCCCCAUCCCCCUAUAUAUUUUAUAUUAAAUAAGUUUAGAUUUUAAGUUAGUUCUUAUUCCCUCCUCGAUGAUUAUUAUGUUGCGUUUAGUGUUCAGUAUUGAAAGGCUUUAAUACUGUUAGCAAAAAAAUUAGAAUUAUGGUUGGACAAAGCGCGGCGAUGUUAUUUUUUGUAAGUUUAUAGAAAUGUUUAUCCAUGUUGUAUAGAAGAAUACGAAAACCGAGGAUCCCCCACACAUACACAUACAACAACUUGAUCCCAUUUUGGUUUUCUAUAAAUGUUAGGUUAGGUACAAGUCGACUGCUAUUAGUAUCAAAACUUGUUGAUUAUAGUAACUCAUCGAUGUACGACUAUUCCAAGUCGUCUGAAAAUGGCAAUUAACGUGUUCUUGAAUAAAAAUCGAAUAGUUCUGAAUUGUCACGUAAUUACAUUUCAUUUAAAUAUUACAGACUUGACAAUUAAAAAAACAAUAAUAGUUUUUAUAAUUAUAGACAAAUGACCAAAUAUUAUAUUGGAAAUGUACGACUAAAUGUUUUAACAUAUUCUACAUCCUAAACUUGAACAAAAAAUUCAAAAUUCCGCUAAAAUAAUCCCGAAUUGUCACGUGGCUUCAUGUACGUUCAAAAAUUGGUGCUUUGAUACGAAAAUUCAAAAUUCUAGCUAAAAUAUCCAAAUGGUGACGUCAAAAAAUAGUAAUUUGACAAUUUUUAUAUGAACAUUUUUAAAAUUCCCGCCGAAACAAUUGAAAAAGUCGUAUGUCUAGAAUUUAUGUCAUAAAUUACUGACUUAUGACUUUACUAGUAUUAUGUGUAUGAAUACAGCUACGAAAAUUCAGUCUAAAACGCUAUAAACUGUCAUUUGUUCAUGAUUUACGUCAAAAACUGAAAGCAGUUGGCAAUACGAACUAUGAUUUUAUGAUUACUUAUCUUACAAGCAGGUUACUUGACAGUUGAAACUUCGAACUGUCAUUUGAUUAUUAUUCACGUCAUAACAUGAUUAUUUGACAAUUGAUACUGUGAACUGUCAUAUGAUUAUUAUUCACGUCAAAACAUGAUGAUUUGACAGUUGACAUUGCGAACUGUCAUUUGAUUAUUAUUCACGUCAUAAAGUGACUUAUUGAUAGGGAUAAAAAUGUUGUUUUUCUAACUGGAUUUAUUUGAAUAGGCGUUUAACAGUAAAAAAAAAACAUUAUGAUGUGAGGGAUCCUCAUUUUGGUAGGGAUCGGUUCAAAAAUGAAGAACUAUUCCCGAAUAGUAUUAUAUAUAUAAAUAUAUAUAUGGCUAGUAUUGUUAGUAAUGUCGCGGAAUUAUUAGAAUUAGUUAUUAGAAAACAGUGAUUAGUCUAAUAUAAAUAGGAAUACCACAGGGUUUAGUUCUACCCUAGAGAUAUGGACGUCUUUCUCUAAAAUAUACUCUUGUCGCAAAAAGAAAACGUUUCAUAGAUAAAUAAAAACAAAAAAAUAACAUCGGCAAUAAUGUGUGUGUAUAUCUCAUUGUUCUCAUAGUGAAUCUCUUUUUUAAUUUGUAAGUGUUGCCGCUUGGUAGGAAUUUUUAUUCGCGCACAUUUUUGCCGGCGACGCGCGCGUCUCAGUAAA